AUGACAUUCAAAACCACACGCUCAAAAGAAGUCGCUGUUGCAUCUCAAUGUGUAACUAUCGCUGCAAAGCUGUGCCAAGCUGUUCGACUUGAACUUGCAUCGCUUCAGGCAAUGACAAAAUCAGACCAAUCUCCCGUCACGAUUGCUGAUUUUGGUGCUCAGUGCAUCAUUGGCAAUAGCCUCAAGGAGGCCUUUCCGCAAGAUGAAUUGGUGGCAGAAGAGGACGCAGAUGAUCUAAGAGCACCAGAAAAGAAAGAACAGCUUGCGGAAAUUACCAAAUAUGUCAACCAGACGUUGACAUCGCAUCAUGGUCCAAGCUGUGCAGUGACUGUGAAAGAAGAGUCAGAGAUUUUGGAUUCGAUCGACCAUGGCAAUGGGACACCAUCGGAAUCAAAGCGAUACUGGACGUGUGACCCAAUUGAUGGUACCAAAGGCUUUCUUCGCGGCGACCAGUAUGCAGUAUGUCUUGCACUUGUCGAAAAUGGAUCUGUUGUUUUGGGAGUCAUGGCCUGUCCAGCUCUUGAAAUCGAUGGUACGAUCGGUCACUUGUUCAUUGCCGAAACAGGCAACGGAGCAUGGCGAAAACCAUUGACUACUACAAUAAACGAGAACAAUGAACAACCAUUUACCAAAAUAAAAGUGAAUACAGAAUGCGAUGCAAUGGUUCAGAGCUUUGUGGCAAGCCAUGGCAAUCACUCGGAACAGGAAGAAGUGGCACAACAGCUGGGAAUUGAGAAUGUGAUUCGAAUGGAUUCUCAAGCCAAGUAUGCUAUGGUGGCCAGUGGCAAAGCAUCUUUGUACCUUCGACUCUCAAGCUACAAGGAGAACAUUUGGGAUCAUGCCGCUGGGAAGAUCUUGGUGGAAGAAGCAGGGGGUAAAGUGACGGAUCGGAACGGCAAGGAGCUUGGGUUUUCAGAGUUCAAAAUGACGCAGAAUGAUGGCGCAGUGGUGACCAAUGGGGUGUUGCAUGAGAAGGUUCUUGAAGUAUUGCAAAAGGGCAAUUCGUGA